AGAAGAGGAAUUAAGCCAGAGAUGUCGGUGAAGGCCUGAAGUUAAACCUCUCCGGUCAGAAAGAAGUCGACAAGGACAGAGAAAGCCAUUAAUAUGCCAGAUUAUUGAGACGCAACUAUUGGUGGCCGAUGAAGAUUUGGGAAGAAUGGCUGUUCCCAAUGAGUUCUAUGAGCAGAUCAGUGAGGAGCACCUGGAGAACUUAUCCUUUAUUGGCCGAGGCUCUUUUGGAGACAUUUUCCGAGCUCGCCACCAGAAGUGGGGGACCGAUGUUGCAGUAAAGUUUCUGAACAGAAAUGCUACCUUCACUCGAGAAGAACUCUUGAAUGAAGCCCGAGCCAUGGACAAAGCCCGCUUCAACUACAUCUUACGACUCUACGGCCUCUUUGUAGGCAAACUACAGACAGAUGCUGCCUUGACGUCAGCCACAAUGCCCAGCUUGGGCUUGGUGAUGGAAUACAUGGAGAAUGGCAAUUUGUCCAACUUAAUGUGUCAGGUCCCCUCCAUGCCUUGGGCCCUGCGUUUCCGCAUCCUGUAUGAGAUAGCUCUGGCUAUGAAUUUCUUGCACAGCCUCGAUCCUCCAUUGUUACAUCUGGACCUCAAGCCUAGCAACAUCUUACUCGAUGGGGAACUGCAUGUCCGGGUGUCGGAUUUUGGCUUAUCCAAGUUCAGGCGAAGAACGACCCAGCAAUAUAAGUCCAGUUCUGGGGAAGAGGACACCUGUGGUGGGACCCUAGAGUUCCUGCCUCCUGAAUCCUUUGUCCAAUUCGAUUACAAGCCAGCCCCCAGCACGGAUGUCUACAGUUAUGGAAUCCUGAUGUGGUCAGUGUUAAGCAACCAAGAACCUUACCACAAUCUCCACCCUGCCAACAUGAGUUCCAUGAUCAAGAUGCAUAUCCCCCGAGGUCAAAGGCCGCUGACCGAAGCUCUGGAGAACCAGGUCGAUAAAGUGCUGAAACUGGGAAAAUUGAUUGACCUCAUGAAAAGAUGUUGGUCUAAUGAGAAGAAGCAGAGGCCGAGUUUCCAGUAUUGCAGAGACGAAAUGGAAGACGUUUAUUCCUGUUACAAGUGGAAGAUUAGGCCAGCUGUCAGUGAAGUCCAAGAUAUUUUGAUGCAGAAAGAGACUUCCAGAACAGAAGCCAAGGUCCAUCCCAGCUUGAGUUCCAAGGGAGCCAGUUUUGCUCCGGAGAGAUCUGAGGACUACCGAGCGUACUCUUCUGGCUUGGAAGGACGUUUUACAACUUUGCGCCUAGAAGAAAAGUCACCAGUGCAAAAUGAGGCUCUACCACCAGAAGUCAUUUUCAGGAACAAAUCUUCUGGGACCCUUCACCGAAGUAAAAGCAUGUGUACCAGGAAUAGAGCUGAAAGGACAGACCAGGAAAAUGCUCUUGUGUCGGAAGUCCAAACUCCACAGAGGAGCACACUCAGAGGUAAUAAGCAACGGCCCCUUUCAGAUACAUUUGCUUUCCCACCAUAUCCAAAUUAUCCUGGAUACCUUCAUUAUCCGCCGAUUUUUUCUCCCCAGCCAUUUUAUGACACUCACCAAGGUGAUAUUGGAUUUGCCCAGCAGAACCUGUCGGUCCCAUGGCGUUCUGCACCUGCAGCUCCCUAUGGCGGAGUUCAAAUCCGUGGCAACAGCAUCACCGGAGUUCAGAUUGGAGGGGGCAACCAUAUGCAUGUUGAACAAGCUUCUCGGACAAGAAAAAACAAUAACCAAUGAAUUUUGAUAGAAAAUGGACAAUGGCAUCCCUGUGCAGCUUGAAAGCAUUAAAGCCAGCUCCACUUGCCUUCUCUUAUUGCCCCUGCCUUUUCGGCACAAUCCCUCUAACUCAGGGGUGGGUUCCCGCCAGUUUUACUCCUGGUCCACAACCCAUACACGUGCACUGUUCAAUGUAAAUCGUUCUUC